AAUAAAACAACAAUAAAAUUAAAAUAGACAAAGACAAUAAUAAAUGCAAUAAAGGAAAUAAAGAGUCGAAAUUGAAGAUGACUAUGACUAUGAGGAUGGAUUUGUGGUUCGAACUGAAGAUGAAGAAGAUUUAGAUGAAGAAGAUGAUGAAGCGUAAAAGGAAUUAUAUAAAAUUAUUAAUAAAGAUAAAUUAAGAUAAAAAGCUAAAAUUAGAGAUAAUGAGUAAAUUUUUGAGAGUAAUUUUGGAAGAAUGGCUUACGAAGAAUUUUAGUCAAAACUUAUUGGUUAAAAAGAAGAUUUAGAAGAAGAAAAAAGAUUGAGAAUUAUUGCCGAAUAAAAAAGGUUGAAAAAAAUGAAUAAUGAAAUUGUCUCGAGUAGCGAAGAAAGUGAAGAAAAUGAAGAUGAAGAAGAAGAUGCGGAUAUUAAAAGUUUUAUUGUUGAUGAAGAUGAAGAUAUUAUAUGA